UGUUACGAAUCCUUCGUCAAUGUUGACUAAGAUAUUUAAAUUUUUCAUUAUAACAAUAGAACGUGAUUAUAAUAUUAGCAAGUGUCUUUUUACAAAAGAGUGCAAUUUUUUCGCCUCAAGGAAAAUUUGUUGAGACAAGAAAAGAGAAAUAAUAGGAGGUAAAGAAGAAAUGAAUUUAAACAUGCGAGGAAAACACGGUGCGGUAGUAACGAAGAAUUCGUACAGUCUGACAGGUGUAACAUGGUCCCUUAUCUUCAUGUUGGUUUUUUGUUUCGCCGGUUGCGCUGCAGUUUCAGGUUCUUGUUUGAGCUAUGGACAUUCUUGUUGGGGCGCCCACGGUAAGCGAAGUGGAAAUAAUUUUGGAUCAAGUAACUUACGAAUGAAUGAAGACAAUAAAAAUAUUGUUCUACCUUUGGUAAACGAUCAAUGGAUGUUGUCUCCCUUGAUUAAUAAACGUCAUCCGAUGCCGUCAUCUGGAAAAUAUCGAGUUAGGUGGAUGAAUAUAUUGAAAGGAAAAAGUUUACCUUCUCGCGAUUGGGAUAGCAACGAAUCAAUUGCAUCAAAAGAAGAAAAUGAUAUUACGAGGAAUAUAAAUUAUAGAUUGCCAAGUGAGAAAAAUGAGAGAUUUUUAAAGAACACAGAGAGCAAUGAGGAAUCAAAGGAAUCGGAAGGAUUUUUACACGAGUCGACGGAACCAUUUGUCAAUGAUGAUAGUAGCGAAGAAAUUAUUUUGCUUCCUAAAAAUCGGGAAACAAAUGACAAUUCAAGACAAUUUAGAUUCAUGAAAAUAAUGCGUAAUACGAAUGCUAAUUUGAAAUAGAACAUAAAUUAGUCGUCUUAUUCUAAUAAGUAGAGGCUAAAUAAUUCUCAUUGGAAAAGGGGAGGAAAAAAAUUGUUUUUCUUUAUUUUUUUUUAAAAAGAGUACUGAUUUUUGCAUAUAUUAAAAAAAAUUCGAUUUUACGUGCCAAAUUGAAUAAAAUGGACAAACAAAUUAACUUGUAGAAUCAUAUUGAGAAAAAAUAACUCUCUUGGGACUGAUACUUAAGAAUCUUUCAAAUAUAAAAAUAUAAAUAAUUGCGCGAGGAGAGAAUUUAUUAUUAAAAAAAAAAAAAAAUCUCUAAAUGCACGUACUAUCAAAUAUAUAAGAAAUUUCACUAUACUCUAGUUUUGUAAAAUAAUUUCCUAUUAUUCUCAUUUCAAAACAAAAAAAAAUAUUGUUGUUUCUCCAAUUUUUUCUUUUAUUUAAAAUCUUGUUUAUAAAUUGUAAUAAAAAUUUUCGUCAAUUUUUUGCCGAAUGAAUAAAAUAAAAAACAAAUUGCUGUUAUUGUUGAAUAAAUAAAAAAUUAAGAAGAUUUAAUUAUUUUCUAUUUUACGUUCUCUUGUAAAUGAUUAUUUUUAUUUAUUAAUGCAGAAAUUUUUAUUAUAA